AUGGAUGCUCAACUCAGACAAGAGAUUGUUGAUUUAUGUACAGCAAUGUUAGCUACCUUUUCAAAGGAAUACAUCAAAGCCUAUACUAUUGAAUUGGUUAAAAAGGCAACUAAAGAAGCCAGAGAAACUCCAUCACCAUAUUUUUUAGAAAAGAGACCAAAAGACUUUGACAAAAGUGAUAUUUUUAAAGGAAGUUUAAUUAAAUUAGGCGCCGUAAGAAAGAAUUGGUUAAAGAGACAUUUUGUUGUUCGUUAUGAUUAUUCAGUUGAUUAUUUCGUUGAUGAAAAUGAAACAACUAAAAAAGGUACAAUUAAUUUAUGUGGUUAUAGAGUUGAGGAUGAUCCAAAUCAAUCAGCUAUAACUAGAAUUUUUAAUUUAGCAGAAAAAUUAGGUGUUGAUACUAGUUCAAUCCCAAAACCAAAAGAACUUCCACCAUUCACCAUUGAAUUAUAUCAUUACUCUAGAAGAUGUUACUAUAUUCAAUGUGCAAAUGAAGAUGAAUUUAAAGAAUGGGUCGAAAUGUUUAGAAUUUGUUGCAGAAGAGCUUAUGGACUUAAAAAUAGAGAUCCAUGUCAUCAAGGUGCUUUCCAUGUUGCUGUAAGAAAUACUAGAUGGAGUUUAGGUCGUUAUGGUUAUUGGAGUUAUGGUGGUAAUGAAAUUCAAAUUUUAUCAGAUUUAAUUUCAACUGAAGUCGAGUAUGAUAUUCUUGGUCGUGCUUUACGUAAGCUUCCAAAUGUACCAUGGUUCAUUAGAAACUUUUUAAGAAAUAAAAUGAUGAAUGUUAUUGAUGGUAUUAUUACAUCGGCAGUCAAUCCAUCCUGGGCUGCAAUGGACAAAACCGUCACAGAACUCAGACCAACUGUAGAACCAAGAAUUAAAAAUCAAGUUGACCCAAUUGCUCAAGCUCAAGGUAAUAUUGUUAAUAAGAUGAAGGAACAAAUUAUGAGUGCUGCUCAACAAUCUAUCGAACAACAUCUUGCUCCACAUUUAGCUAAAAUUGUUAGAACCACCAAAGAACCAAUUCAAAGCGGCUUUGUUGAAUCAUUCAAAAUUUGGAAUGAUAAAACCAAUGGUUACUCUGGCAACGGUUCAAAAGAAUCAUUUUCAGAAUACCGUCGUUAUCCAAAUAAUUGUUGGACUAUGCACCCAGCUAGAAUUCAAAUCCACGAUUUAGAAGAUCCAUUAAGAGACUUAUCUAAAAUCUUUUCCGAUAUUUGGCCAUCAUCCAUUAUUUACUCUAUCAAGGAAGAUAUCACCGCUAUGGCCUACGAUGGCACAUACACCUUUGAAAAGACUGUCACAGAAGAUCAACAAGAUAUUGAAUCAUCAAAGAACUCCACCAGAGAAAAAUACGAACAUGAUGUUUACACUGGCACUGAUGAACAAAUUAAAUUUGUUAUUAGAUCAUGCGCCUGCCCAGUUUUAUUCAAAGUCCUCAAACCAAUUACCAAACCAAUUCUUUCAUCUCUUUCAAGUUUAGUUCCAUCAGGUCUCAAUGAUUUCCUCGAUGUAGAUGAAAUGUACACUCAAUUAAUUAAUGAUAUCGUAGAUGAAAAUACUCAAAUCGCUCUUGACCAAAUUAAAAAUUAA